GUUGACUCCAGCCCUCUGCCGUUCCCACCUAUCCCUCCUGAUCCCCAACCGGCUAGCCCCCAGUUUGGUCCAGAUCCCCAGCUCGCUAGCCACCAGCCUGUCCCGAGCAUUCCCCGGCCUGCCUGUUGUUCCCCGUGUUCGCCCGACACCACGCUUGACCCCCGUCUUCAGUUCGAGGGAACCCGCCUGGCCGUCUUCUCUGGGGGCCGUGGUGGCCGUCGGAGGAGACGUGGCCAUCACGGCUCCCGCCAAUUUGCACCACUCUCCCUAGAUCCCCAGCCAGUUAGCCCCCAGCCUGGCCCAGUCCCUCGGCCUGCUAGCGCCGCUAGCCCCCAGCCUGGCCCAGUCCCUCGGCCUGCUAGCGCCGCUAGCCCCCAGCCUGGCCCAGUCCCUCGGCCUGCUAGCGCCGCUAGUCCCCAGCUUCUCCCUGAUCCCCAACAGGUUAGGCCCCAGUUAGACCCUGAUCCCCAACCUGCUAGCGCCGCCAGCCUCCAGCCUGCCCCCCCCGAUCCCUUGCCCCUUAGGGCCACUAGUCCCCUUGCUCUUGCGGACGGACCGGCUUCAGCCCCGCCGGUGGUACGGCCGACCCCUGUUCCUCGCACCAAGGCCCUCAGCCCAGCAGCCUCAUCCCUGACUCCCCCCCGCUGCUGUCGCGCUGCCAGCCCCUAGCCUUGCUCCCCGGCCUCUGGAGAGGUCGUCUCGCCCCCUAGCCCGUCCUUCGGGCCGCCCGCCCGAACUCUCUGGCUUGUCUCGCCCGGCUCCCCGGCCUCU